UCCCCCACUUUCUUACCCUCAGAAUCCUUACAACUCCAAAUACAACUCUCAAUCCAAAGUAUACCGCAUUUCGUCCCCGCCGAUGAGGCUUCAUUCUCACCUACCCUGUCGUCUAACAACCAUCAUUCCCACAACGGAUCUUAUUAUCGCAUAAUGGGGUUACCCAAUACGAUCCCGUCUCCCUUAUCUACGCUGAUACCCUUCAUCACACGGGAAGAGGCAGCGGAACUGGCGUACCCACCUAACGCCCUUCCAGGUGCUCGCGACGUAGAUGGCUUUUAUGGUCGCAUGCGAGUCUACGAAUGGGGUCCAGAGGAAGGAAAGAAAGUCCUAUUUGUUCACGGAGAUGCCACUCCUUGCCUGAUAUUCUCCAAAAUUGCCCAAGGGAUGGUUGAUGCUGGAUACCGAGUGAUGCUUUUUGAUCUCUGGGGCCGAGGAUACAGCGAUACCCCACUGGAGUGUAGACACGACGAUCGUUUGUUUGCAUCCCAGAUAUCUUCGGUCCUCUUGUCAUCGCCUAUCUCUUGGACGGGGAACGGCAACACCUUCUCCAUCGUCGCGUUUUCCCUGGGCGGUCCCAUCGCCAUGACAUUUGCUAACGCGUUCUCGUCAUCGAUUCAAUCGGUGGUGCUCCUCGGCCCAGCAGGCAUGAUGCGCAAACUACCGAAAGGCUACGAUAUACCAACCCUACUUGAUGCCGGUAUCGCUUCAUCGAACGAAGAGCGUUAUGAAAAUGUCCGAGAAAUCCUCGGAGUGAGUCCUAAGAGCACAAUUCUGGACGUGCAAAGAGAAAAGCAGGAAGAUCCUGGGGUAGAAGAGUGCCCCGACCGUGUAGAGAAGACGUACGAUAUGCAAGAGAUCCUCCAGUGGCAGUUCGACUAUCAUCAAGGCCACGUCCAUUCGUUCCAGGAUACCAUGCGGUAUGGUCCGCUGAUGAAUCAGGAGGAGACGUGGGCGAGGUUUUGCAACAUUCUUAGCGGUCAUAGAUGUCCGGAAAGCCCCCUAUUUAAUACCAGGUUGCUACUCAUCUUUGGCGAAGACGAUGAUAUUGUGGUUGGGAAGGAGUUGCUUCACGAUCUCGAGGUUUACAUGGCACCUGAUAAAAUGGAGGCUGAAUACGUGCCUGGAGGGCAUGGAUUCCCGUAUCCAAACAGUGAGAAGAUCACCCAGAUUAUUCUCUCGUUUUGGGGAUCCAAAGCUUCCAAAUCCAAAGCUACCGCUACUACUCUACCUAAUGAUCUUUCGAAAUCUGAAAAUAUCAUAAAAGAUUCGUAGUUAAUGAUAUCGCGUCCGGUCUUUCAAGGGGAGGGGAGGGGAUAUACCUAGAGGUCUGCUGAAGGACCUGGCGGGACAGGCACGCCUUGAUAUUGUAAAACUGUCUUUAAGUUCAUAGAAUACUACGCUUCACAAGCUCACUCAUAGCUUAGGUUAGAUUCGAAUAAAUGUUUUCCAGUUUAGAA